AUGCAACACGGGCAAGGGCUUGAUGUGGCACAUGGCUCGCCCAACGCGGCUACUGCUGUCAGCUUGAGCUGCAAUAUCCCCCAUGGCAGCAUGGCCGAAAAGGAGGUGGACGGUCAAACAAAGGAACACAGCUCGCUCUUCUUCUAUGUCUUGCUGGCAACCGGACUGGCUUUUUGGACACGGGCUAUGCCGACGCCUUUCUUGCCGCUGGUUAUGUCGCGGGAUUUUCACCAGACGCCAGCGCACGUCGGAUUUGCAAUGUCCGUGUACCCUUUGGGCGCCUUCGUUGCAACACCGUGUGCAGCGGCACAGGCACAGCGGUCUUCACAAAUCCUGCGUUUGCAUUCUUGGACUCUGCUGUUCAUGGCAUUGAGUUCUCUUCUCCUGGCAUUGUCACACCAGGUGCACGACUUUGCAGGACCGGAUGCUGUCUUUGUGGCGCUGCUUGUAUGCCGUUUCACACAAGGCAUCAGCCAGGCAUACUACAUGGCGGCCAACACCACUUUGAUUUCGAGAAGCUUUACAGCUGUGGCCUACACUGUGGCCAUGGCGGAAGUGGCAGUUGGCUCGGGCGCGCAGCUUGGGCGACUUGCCGGUGGCCUUCUCUUCGACCUGGGCGGCUUCGGCUGCCCCUUUCUUGUCGCUUCUGUGGCGCUUUCUCUUUGCGCUCUCGUCGGCCUGAUGUUCGAGGACGAUGUCCAAGAGGACGAGGAAGUCUGCCGUGGUGAAAACCCAGAAGACAAGCAGGACUCCUGGAAGGCUUUCUUCACGCUACGCAUCUUCGUGACAGUGGCAGGCGUCUUUUCCGCUUACAUGGUGACAGGUCUCAUGGAUUCCACCCUGCCCCAGCACUUGGAGGCACAUUUGGGCCCUCUGUCCGUCUCGGCAGUCAGUGCCAUCAGCUCGCUGCGAAGUUUGACGUACCUGCUGGUGUCCUGGCAGUGUGCCCAAGUCCUGCGCUUGGAGCUCCUGAGCCUGGAAGCGCUGCAAUCCGUCGGCUUCGGCCUCGUGACACUGGGCCUGAUUCUUGUGGCACCGCAGCGCUUUGUUGCGGACACGGAGUCCCUGCUGCCAAGCGGAAACCUGGCCAAUGCUUGGGCUUGUCAGAUCCUCGCUCUGGUGCUGACGUCCACGGGGAACGCCAUGCUCUUCGUGCCCGGUCUGCCGCUGCUGCAGGCAGAAGUCCGACAUCUAGGACCUGCUGCAUCGGAGCGUGUCUCCUCCCUGCUGAUGGCCGCAAUGUCGGGAGGCGAGUUCCUCGGUCCCAUCGCAGGCGGCGCCUUGGAGGAACACUGUGGCUUCCGCGAGUCCUCCGCGCUCUUCGCAGCGGGGCUUGCACCAGGCGUUCCUAUGGGACUGGUCGCAUUCUUUGGCCCCCAGUCCAGCCGGAGCCGGGACCAGCCGCUGCUUGAGAGGCAGUUCUCGUACACGGAGGAGUCGAUUGACUUGGCCAAGAAUCUCACGGUCCCUUUUGAUCCUGAGAGCGCCUAUAGGUUCCGACGCCUGGCUUUCCUGGGGCCGGAAGUCCGUAGGCGCGUGCACUCGGCUCCAGCGCAGGAGCGUCGCCCAUUCGUUCCCCGAUUGCCGGGUUCUUCCACAGCACCCUCCUCGAUCUUCCGCCGGAUCUUCCUCCCGGAGGCCAAAGCCGCCACCCGGGCACCGCUACCACCAAUCCCUGAGGCUCGUCGGGCUAGCUCGUACGGACACAGUGGUCGCAGCGGUGGACACGGAGAAAGGUCUGACAGAAAAAAAUAG